AUGCACCUGAGCUUCACCUCGCACGCCCUGGCGCCGCCGCCGCCGUCGGGGCCCUCGCAGCGGCCCACCUCCUUCUUCAUCGAGGACAUCCUGCUGCACAAGCCCAAGCCGCUGCGGGACGCGGGGUCCGAGCCCUUCCACAGCCCGCUGGCCUCCCGGGUGCCGCUGCUGGACUACGGCUACCCGCUGAUGCCGCCCCCGGCCCUGCUGGCGCCUCACCCGCACCACCCGCUCCACAAGCCGGACCACCACCACCACCACCACCACCACCCCUACUUCCUCACCACCUCGGGGGUGCCGGUGCCCGCGCUCUUCCAGCCCCACCCGCACGCCGAGCUGCCGGGCAAGCAUUGCCGCCGUCGGAAGGCCCGCACCGUCUUCUCGGACUCGCAGCUCUCGGGCCUGGAGAAGCGCUUCGAGAUCCAGCGCUACCUUUCCACGCCGGAGCGCGUCGAGCUGGCCACGGCCCUCAGCCUCUCCGAGACCCAGGUGAAGACGUGGUUCCAGAACCGGCGCAUGAAGCACAAAAAGCAGCUGCGGAAGAGCCAGGACGAGCCCAAAGGCCCCAGCGCCGACGAGGGCGCCGAGCCCGCGGGCCGCGAGCCGGAGCCGUCGGGCAAGCCCAGCGGCAGCGCCCCCGCCGCCCCCGAGCCCCGCCAAGGCGCGCCCCCGGCCGCCUUCCUGCUGGAGGAGGCGGAAGACGAGGUGGACAUCGUCGAGGGCGCCGAGUCGGGCGGGCCGCCGCGCCUUAUGUAG